AUGGAGGAGGCGACACGGCAGGGCGAGGCUGCACGGGUGUGGGCCCGGCAUUUGGCCUCGGUCCUGCCCCUGGCCUUUCCUCCCAGUCCAGAGAGGCAGCCAAAGUGGGCAACGGGCUCCCACUGUGCCAAGCUCGGCACGGGCCACGGCCGGGGCCACGAAUCCUCCAUGAAGAAACUUGUGGUCUGCGUGAGCCAGGACAACUUCUCCUUGUCGUCGGAGGGUGAGGAGGAGGGAGAGCCAGAGGGAGAGGCGGAGGAACUCCCGGUGCAGGGCAAGCUGCUGCUGCUGGAGCCUGAGUGGCAGGAGGAAGGUGCCAAAGACGACUCUGUGGUCCAGAAGAACCCCAAGCCCAAGCAGACGCAGUCCUGA